AUGGCAGCAUUUCUUCCGUCUCAAGCUGACUUUGAUCCCGUCAAAUAUAUCCUGGAAUGGCAGUCGCAACAGUUGCAGGUGCAGCCCAGCGACUAUGUCGAGGAAGCUGCCCACCACAACGUGGUUGCUAGCCUUUCAGCGAGCUUGACGUCUCUCUUCAAAGCAAUCAUUCCAGCGCUUUCACUUCCAGAACAGGAACAAGACAGGAUCCCUCAAACUGCUCGCAUCAGCCUCGAACGCAGUUGCAGUGCCUUGAUCCUAUGGUCUGACGGCUAUGGAAUCGCAGAGGGUCGCCUAAAUGAUACCCUCAAUCGAUCAAGGAAACUUCGCUAUACGACCCUGAAGAACUUGCUGCAUAUUGGGCGCGUGCUCGUCGAGAGAUUAGUACCUCUGAUCCAUGUUUCCGAGAAACCCCAAGAGCUUUGCUCCAGCGUCGAGUCAAAUAUUGAAGAGGCAGCAAGCAUUAUCAUUGAAGCGUCCAGCCGACGGAGCGAUGAUUCUUCGAGCGAUGCAGCCUCUGAUUUCUCAAAUGACGAUAUCCAUGAGAUUGCCGAAGAUCUCAAGACGGACACCCUCGUUCUAUCGAGCCUUGACCCCUUGCUUAAAUGCCCUAUCUUCGACACUCAGUACAACGUUGCUGCAGAUGGCCUCGCUUCUUCCACCUGGAGUCCCGAGCAGCUCUUUUCGAACAGGAUCGAACACAGAUUCCCUUCGGCAGGCACGCCGCUUGCCUCCCGUCUAGGGAGGAUAAAUUAUGAUCGUUAUCUACGGUGCCAAGCGAUGAGAGACGCCCAACAAAGAGAAGAGCCUCUGUCCAUGAUGAUCCAGGAAGGGCAAAGCCACGCUGGCACGAUGGUUGCCGACAGCAAACUCCGUGACUCUGGAGUCGGCAAGUCUCUAGGCAUGUCUGCCGCACCCAAAAUAUCCUAUGCGGAAACCACAAUGAGCUACAACCACGAAGGCCAAUCGGUGCGAAUACCACCUCUCUCGGAAGAAGCCAAGUCGGGCCUUCUUUUCUCUUGCGUUGCGUGUGGCCGCACUAUACUUAUCGCAAACAAUUCCGGAUGGAAACGGCAUAUCUACCUCGACCUUCAACCGUACAUGUGCUUGGACAUGUCAUGUCCGCAUAGCAGCAACACCUUUGAAAGUCGCGAGAAGUGGAUUGCUCAUCUGGCACUGGACCAUGAGAUGGCGCCCCAUUGGGAAUCUAUUCAUUGUGCUCUCUGCAAAGAGCAAACAGGGAGAGGAAAGAUGGCCGUCACCAUGCAUUUUGCUAAGCAUCUAGAAGAGAUUUCGCUAUCAGCGCUACCCAUCGAUAUGGCCUCGAACGCGGCAUCCGAGGAUACUAUCAGCUUCUUCAGUGAAUUGAUUGACGGGGAAAGUGAUAGGAACCGUGGACCGCUUCCCCUUGAGGGUGAUGCAGCAGCAACUGAGACUAGGCACAGCGUACAGAGUUCCCAUGACCUAGACGGCCCAGAUCCCGAUGUCAAGGCGAGGAGCCUCGGCACGCCUUCAGAUGAUGAAGCUUUACGCAUUGCUGCCGCGCAAGGUGAUUUGGAAAGUGUGGCACGGAUCUUGCAGGGCAAAGAUAGCUUUGAUCGCCCCGAGGCUAUGGUAGCUGCGGCAAGACACGGGCAUGACCUGGUACUCCAGCUGCUUCUUGAUCUCGGCGGUGCCAGCCCAGACCCUUAUUCGGUUCAUACGUCACUAGCAGACAUAGAUUUUCCAGCCCCGAUGCUGGCCGCCAUCGGGCAGAGGAAUAUCAAGGUCAUCGAGAUACUUUUGGAGCAGAAAGGCUUUGAUCCUACGCGAACUUUCAACGGCGAGACGUACCAUGAGAUUGCUCGCCGCCGGCAAGGACCCAACUGGGAAAAGGAAUAUCAUAUCUUAAGAACCGCCUACAGUAACUAUAAGCAAACGCACAUUACCUCGGUUGAGGAUAACUCGCCUGGUACCAGCGCUGGAGCAGAUGACGUAAAUCCCAUAGUCUCUCAUACCGCUCAACACCCUCAGUGUAAACUCCCGGGCACGAAUGCUUCUUUCCUACCUGAUGAUUCAUCGGCCACUGAAGCACCAACCUCGCGGGUACGCUCCCGGGUCAGACCUAGGAGGCUUCGGGGAGAUCUUGAAUGCCCAGUUUGUGGCGACUCGUUUGACGAAGGAGCUGAACGUGAGAGACAUAUCAUGUCCCUGCACAUAAAGGAUUAUCAUGACUUCCUUGCCACGGUGGAAACUUAUUUCAAAGACCAGCAGGACAAGUCAUGUGCAACGCUGUAUUUCCCAAUUCAUGCUCGCGAUGUCGAUGCAUUGGAGUUCCUUGCGUUGUCAAAGCUACAGAGCCACUCGGGCGAAUCAUGA